AUGGAACUUGUUGGCACAAGAUUAGAUGAGUUUUGGCCUUCAUCAAUCCUUCGUUUUCAUGUGUUAUUCUUAAUUUCUGUAACCACACUAUGCUUCCAACCCGCUGAUUUUCUCACUAAAUUGGGAAAUGAGAUUGACAGGCUUGCACCUCUGGAAUUCAAAGCCAGGAUAAGCAAUGAUCCAAAUGGCAUCUUCAGCUCAUGGAAUCACUCUGUCCACUACUGCAAAUGGGAAGGGGUUACUUGUGGCCGCAAGCAUCAGAGAGUUACGUCUUUAAAUCUGCAGGGGCUGAGCUUGUCUGGGACCAUAUCUCCACAUGCAGGGAAUCUCACCUUCUUGAGGUUCCUCAGCCUUGGUGACAACAGAUUCCAUGGUGAAAUUCCUCGAGAAGUUGGUCACCUCUUCAGAUUGAGAUUUCUUAACCUGACGAAAAAUCAAUUGAGUGGUGAAGUUCCAGGUGGCAUCAAUUGCUCAGAGCUCAGGGUUGUAAGUUUGAUGAAUAACAACUUAGUGGGAAAAAUCCAAGCAGUGCUAGGCUCUUCAAAGAAGCUUGAGAUUCUUUCCUUUCGCAGAAAUAGUCUCACAGGAGAGAUCCCAUAUUCGUUUGGAAAUCUUUCAUCCCUCCAACGGAUUUUCCUAACUUAUAAUAAUUUGCAGGGAAAGAUUCCAACUGAAUUGGGACACUUAACAAGCUUAACUUCAUAUGCGCUCGGAGUUAAUAAUCUGAGUGGUCCAAUACCUCCUGCCCUUUACAAUAUCUCAUCUAUCACUGCCAUUGAAACUACAUAUAAUCAAUUAAGUGGGAGUCUCCCAGCAAACAUAGGCCUUACUCUUCCUAACCUGCAACAACUGCUCUUGGCCGAAAAUGGAUUUUAUGGAACUAUUCCAGAAUCAUUGGCGAACGCUUCUCAGCUUUGGCUUAUUGACAUAUCUACCAACAGUUUCACGGGACCAAUUCCGACUAAUCUGGGAAAUCUCAAGGGUCUUGAACAGCUUCAUGUGGAGUUCAAUUUCUUCGGCAGCAACACAAGUCAAGAUUUGAGUUUUUUUACCAUCUCUGGCCAACAGCAGCGGUCUACAACAACUAUACUUUGA